CAGACCCCCUGGUGUUUACCUGGCCUCCCUGGCAGUCACACAGGACCUUCUACUGCCCAGAUUCUCCUUCACGCACGGAUUAUGUUUAUCUGUGACCAUGCUCCUACAAGCUCCUGGCCUCCUGCACCUCCUGCUGGUGAUAGGCACAGGGGGUUCGGUGCCCACCCCCCAGGCGCUGCCCCAGGGCUGCUACAUGGCCGAAGAAGCUAGCGACCAGACAUUCCGCUGCAGCCGGGCUGGCCUGAGUGCCGUACCCGACGGCAUCCCCAACGGCACCCGAAAGCUUUACCUGGAUGCCAACCAGCUGGCAUCCGUGCCAGCUGGUGCCUUCCAGCACCUGCCUUUCCUGGAAGAAUUAGACCUGUCUCAUAAUGUCCUUGUCCACCUCUCAGGAGCUGCUUUCCAGGGCCUGGAGGGCACUCUGCGCCACCUUGACCUCUCCGCCAACCAGCUAGCAUCCGUGCCUGUGGCAGCCUUCGUGGGGCUGCAGAUCCAAGUGAACCUGUCCGCCAACCCAUGGCGCUGCGACUGUGCCCUACAGGAAGUGCUCAGGCAGGUGAGGUUAGCUCCAGGCUCGGGGACAGGCAUCGUGUGUGGUCCAGGAGCCCGACCAGAUCUCGUGGGACAGGAGUUCCUUCCGCUGACUAGGGAGGAAGAGCUGUGUGGCACGGGACGAGGUGGGACCCGAAGGAACACCGAUGUGGCCCUGCUAGUCACCAUGGGAGGCUGGCUGACACUGGUAGUGGCCUAUCUGAUCCACUAUGUGUGGCAGAACCGCGAUGUGACCCGGCGCCCCGUCAAGCGGGCUCCUGUGCAGCCCGUGCGCUCCGAGGACUCCUCCACCGUCAGCACAGUGCUCUGAGGACCAGGAGCACUCUGCGCUCUUGGCCCUAACCUUUCCUCUUCUCCCACAUCCUCCGCCCCAUCUGCCCACUCUCCCAGCCUGCCUCCCUCACUACCUUCUCGGCUCCACGCUUAUUCUCUUGCUCUCUCGUUCUUUCUUCUCCAGAACACUAUCUUUGGAGCCUGGAUUUGGGGGUACCUCCUUCUAUACCUGGGUUGUGCUAGACUCAGAGAAUCCCAAGUUCCUGAAUCCACCAGGUUUGGUGGGGGCGGCAGAAAAAACAACCAUCUCAGUCUGAGGAGAUGCAGAGGGAGAAGCCAGUAGCUUAGGAACAUAGGGGAGCAGCCUGCACCUGGCUACAGGUGACCCCAGAGGCCUCACCAUACAGAUGUAGGUAAUGAUGCUAGAAAAGUGACAGCUUGGAGGGGGGCUAGGGAGAUGUUUCAGUCAGUGAAGUAUCUGUCCUGCAGGCCUAAGGACUUGAGCUCAGAUCUCUAGUACAGGGGACAG